AUGAAACGUCAACAAUCAUCCAUAUCGGACUUCUUCAAUAAAAAGAAGAAAAAUGACCAAGAUAUUAAUGACAAUCAAUACAAUGAACACAACGAGCACAAUGUCGAUGAUCCAGAUAUCCCCAAGACUGCAGUAAAUAAUGAAGACACUAUUGCUGUUAACGAAAGUUUAUGUCAACCAAUUGAAUUUAUAAGAGAUGAUGACACUCCUGAAUGUUGGGACUCAAAACAAGCCAAGUACUUUUGUCAAGAAUAUCCAUGGCUGUAUUUUAAAAAUAAAAAAUUGGGUUGCAAUAUAUGCCAUAAUGUAAAUUUAAGUCUUAAUAAGAAUCAAGUAUCGCAUGUGCAUGUUUCAUCAAACUGGACUCAAUGUGAAAUUAUUCCAUCUGGAGAUAGUUUAUCUAAACAAAUGGCUAGUUUGAGGAAAAAGAUCUCCAAGCAUAAGUGUAGCCAAUCUCAUAUCAGUGCAGAGAACAUAAUUCAUCGCAAAAAAAUAUUUAGAACAGCUUACUUCAUUGCCAAAAAUCAACGUCCAUUUCUAGAUAUGCCUAAAUUAAUAGACCUACAAGCUCUCAAUGGAGUUAAUAUGGGUCGAGUGUUACAAACCAAUAAAUCUUGUGCUAAUAUUGUUGACCAUAUUUCUAAUGAAAUGAGACUUAAAAUUUGCAAGGAUAUUUUUGAAAACAAUAGAAAAUUAUAUAUUGUUGUUGAUGAGUCAACUACAUUGAGCAAAAAAACAAUGUUAGUUAUUUGUUUAAGAUGUGCUAAUGGUGAUUCUCAAGAUAUUAAUAUUUUUUUUUUUGAUAUUAUCGAGUUAAAUUGUACUUCAGCUGAAUCAAUUAAAACUGCUAUAAUCAAUAAUAUGUUAAAACAUGGAAUCAAACUAGAUUUUUUAGAACAAAAUCUAGUUGGAUUUGUUAGUCUAACAUGCUGGGAAGAAAAGGUGGAGUUGGUGUUUUACUACAAAAAAUUUUUCUUGACCUCAUUAUCUGGCAUUGUUGCAACCAUAGAUUGGAACUUGCAGUAA